UGCUUCUCAAGUUCAACCUCUUAACAGAUUUCCAAGUAGUGUGAGUUUGUUGCCGGUGUUGUAAUCUUGUGAAAUAUUUCUGGGUUUUGAUUGUUUCAUGGAUUGGAGUUAUUUUCAUCUCUUCCUGAGGUUCAAUGCUCACGUGUACGUACUCUAAUUUGGAAAACUUGGGUCUUGGGGGUGACUUUGAAUGAUUUAAGAAGAAGCUUGGAUUUCUAUCGAUCAUGUAGUAAAAAUUCUUCGACUUUGGCUAUUUGGUGGAUUGGAUAUAGAGAAUUUUGGAAUUCUUUGGCGGUAUUGAUGGGAAAGGAUAGAGUUAGCUAGUUUGAUAGUACUAGUUUUUAGAUGGUGAAUUAAGGCUGUUAAAGGAGGUUAUUUGUUGUUGGUGAAUGUAAUUGUGUAUAUAUAGAAACAUGGGUUGCAUGAGUUCUAAGUCUGCGGCAGUUGAAGAUAGCCUUGAGAACCACAAAGAGAGGCUGACGCGAAAGGGGUCAUUAGAUAAGCUUGUUCCACAAGCUACUUCAUCAAGAAGAGAGGAGGUGGUUCGAUCAAAAGAUAAAUAUGAUGGUGGUGAUGUGAAAGUCUUGUUGAUCGACGAGAGAACUAGUGGUUCCAAUCGUUUUUGUUAUAAUGAUCAGGUUGAGAAGAGGAUCAUUGAUAAGUUUGACGUGAACGAGAAAAAUAAGGUAGAAAAGUGUGAGAUUACAGUUUCUGGUCAUCAUCCUGGUCCACGAAGGAUGCUUCAUGGCAUCGAAGGAGAGCAGGUUGCAGCAGGAUGGCCUUCUUGGCUUGUUGCUGUGGCAGGUGAAGCUAUCAAGGGAUGGAUACCGCGACGGGCCAAUACCUUUGAGAAGUUGGAUAAAAUUGGCGAAGGAACUUACAGUAGUGUGUAUAAGGCUCGUGACUUAAUUCAUGAUAAACUUGUGGCUCUGAAAAGAGUGCGGUUUGAUAAUCAUGAUCCUGAAAGUGUGAAGUUUAUGGCAAGGGAGAUUAUUCUUUUGCGAAGACUUGAUCAUCCGAAUGUUAUUAAACUGGAAGGCUUGAUCACAUCCCCAAUGUCAUGCAGCUUAUACCUUGUUUUUGAAUAUAUGGAACAUGAUCUUGUGGGACUUGCAUCACUUCCCAGGAUCAAGUUUUCAGAGCCUCAGAUUAAAUGCUACAUGCAGCAACUUCUAAGUGGACUUGAUCAUUGUCACAGCUAUGGUGUCCUUCAUCGUGACAUAAAGGGUUCAAAUCUACUCAUUGACAGUAAUGGAACCUUGAAGAUUGCAGAUUUUGGAUUAGCAUGUCAUUUUGAUCCUCACGAUAGUGUUACAAUGACCAGCCGUGUGGUGACUCUUUGGUAUCGACCACCAGAACUUUUGUUAGGAGCUUCUCAUUACGGGGUUGCAAUAGAUUUAUGGAGUGCCGGUUGCAUACUCGGGGAACUAUACUCUGGCAAACCUAUUUUGCCUGGGAAAACAGAGGUUGAGCAAUUACAUAAGAUUUUUAAGCUAUGUGGCUCACCGUCUGACGAAUACUGGAGUAGGGCAAACUUACAUCAUUCAACGGUGUUCAAGCCUCUACACCCAUAUAGACGAUGUAUUGCUGAAACUUUUAAAGACUUUCCUUCUCCUGCUUUAAGUCUCAUGGAGACCUUGCUUUCAAUAGAUCCUGUUCGUCGAAGAACUGCUGCUUUUGCUCUGAAGAGUGAGUUCUUUACAACACAACCUCUCGCAUGUGAUCCUUCAAGUUUACCCAAAUAUCCUCCUAGCAAGGAGAUUGAUGCUAAUUUGCGGGAUGAAGAAGCUAGAAGGCGAAGAGCAGAUGGGAGCAGGGGUUCAAGGGUUGACAUGGAAAGGAGGGGACAGAAGGAACCACUUGCAAUACCAACAUCCAAUUCUAAUUCUGAGCUGGCCACAUCAAUGCAGAGAAGACAACCUCAUCCUCAUUUGAAGAGUAGGAGUCAGAUGUUCAAUUCUCGUAAAGCAGCUGCCUUUUCCGGUUUUUGUAUUGAUCCCACUAAACAGAUACCUGCUGCAAAAGAAGAAAGGAGAGAUUUCUUAGAAUACAAUAGAAAGAAAGUUUCACUUUCAGGUCCAUUGGUCCAUGAUAAUGUUUUUGAGAAGUGUGGGAAGGAACAUGAUGAUCUUCCUGUGGUCUCAUCCAGAGCUGAUUUAUCGAAAUUAUCUGGUUUAGUAGCAACUAGAACUUUGGCUUCUGAAGAUCACAGAGACAAACCUGGACCUUUGACUCUAGAAGCAGUAAACCAAGCAGGCAGGUCUGGCAGAUUAUUUAAUGAAUUAGAAUCUGCCGGAAAACAGGAUGCCAGAUGCCAUAUGGCAAAGACUGCAAAAUCCCCGGAUACAGGAGGUGGAAGAGCCUGCAUUAAGGAAUCAAGUCUGCAUGGUCGUGGUCCCAGUGGAAACAAAAUUUAUGUCUCUGGUCCAUUACUUGCUCCAUCCAACAAUGUUGAUCAGAUGCUCAAAGAGCAUGACCGUAAGAUCCAAGAAUUUGCUCGAAGAGCAAGACUUGACAAGACAAAACUUGGGAAACUACAAGCUCAAGGGAAACAAGUGGAAGAAAAUUCGUUGUUUGUCUCUGCUAGCAGAGCUGGAUAGAUGUGUUAUCCUCUUUUCUCUCUUGUGGUGAAGCUGGAAAAAUCAGCUAACCUGAUAUACCCAGAUAGAUAAUUAAUUUACAGGAUCUUUUAUGUAUAGUAAGUCCAUCAUUUACUUUCCUUUGAUUUGGUAAGGUAUAAAUGUACAUUUUAUAGGAUAUAAUUCUUUGGCUUUGUAGGUGAUUAUUACUUUUUAUACAUCAAUAAUGGAAUCAAGUGGAAGCAUUACAAUUUUGAAACUAUUCUUAUUUCAUAGAAUUAGAAUAUUCAGAAAUGAUGUG